AAAUAAUAAUCAUCCUCUGUGCACACCAAGUUCAUCAAAACAUUGGUACAUACAUGAGAUAAGAUUACAGUUUAUAUUUUUAUCCAGUUCAAUCUUGCCUACGAUUUUCAAGUUAUUUGUGCUUUUAUCCCAGCGAAAGAAACGAUCACCGAUUAUAAAAUAUCUUUCAAGAAAACCUCAUCCCAAUGGAACUCAAGACCACCAUCUUGUUCCUCAUCUCAAGCAUCCCUUUCGGAUACUUCGAGCUCGUCACUGAAACCACCAACGACUUCAUCGAUCUCGUAAAACAACCUUACUACGUAGACAAAUCAUACCUCGUGUUGGAAUUCCUACACCAUCGAAACGAACAAAACUUCAUCACGUAUCCUCGUCAAUUCGGUAAAACCGUCAAUAUAAAAAUGCUAAAAACAUUCUUUCAAGCCGAGGUCAACUCCUCCGGACACAUAAAACCAUACAACCAAACCAACGCUUACGAGAUCUUCAAAUCCUCAAAACUAUUUCAAAAUCACCCCGACGUGAUUCGAGAUCACAUGGCUCAAUAUCCCGUACUCUUUUUCGAUUUCAAACUCAACAUCACUAAAGAAAUCACACGUCAGCAAGUGGUUAGAAUAUUGAACGAAAGAAUCAGCCAGUCAUUUUCCGAAUACGAAUGGAUGAGGAAUGUCGAAUUAGACGAUGUCUCCGAAUGCAGCACUGUUCCCGAAUUAGUAAAUUUAAUCGAUGGUAAUCUAAACGAGCACGAGUUGAAAUACUCCAUUCUGUCGUUUUCCAUCAUGUUACAAAAGUAUUUCAAAAGACAGGUCAUCGUUCUGGUCGACGAUUACGAUUACGCUUUUCUAAACGCUGUUUACGAUUUUGAUCAUAUCUACGAUAGAAGUCACGGUAUUCAUCGAUACUACGAUUUAAUCAACGUGAUGUUAGGAUUAGCUUUUCACGACGAUAAGAAACACAUAGAUUUCGCCCUUUUGACCGGUGUAGGAGGUAAAAUAUUUACCGAAAAUGAUCCCUUCAAUACCUUAGAGUAUUGUCACUUCUUAGACGAUAGUCACUUUUUCACACCUUACUUUGGUUUCAAUAAAGAAGAACUUGAUGAUCUGCUCCACCGAUACAACUGCACUAAACAAGAUCGCAGCUCUAUAAGUAAAUAUUACAAAGGAUACUACACCAAUACACGCCAUACCCUCAUGUACAAUCCUUACUCUAUAAUCAGAUAUCUGCAAUCGAAAAAGAAAUCAGACAGACCCGGAGUAAUGUCGGGAUACUGGGUCGAAGAAGAGAAAUCUAAAUUUAUCCCUUUGGUUCUUCAAGUUCCCGAAUUUCGUCAAGUACUGAAAGCUAUUGUGGAAGGACACGACUCGAUUGAUAUGUCUGAUGAUAAACCCAACAAAAAGGCCAUUUUUGAGACAUUCUAUAAUAAUAUUUUGGUAUGGGGAGUGCCAGUGGAGAAAUCUGAUCUCGAAGAUCUGUUCAGAUUUCUGUUCGACUUGGGCUACCUUAGUUUUAAAGGCAAGGAACCCAAAUUAUGCAUACCGAAUAACGAAAUUGGAGACUUUUUGAAGAGCAAACUGAACGAUGAUAGUAAAAAGACUGCUGACGAGUCUGAAUCUGAAUGAUUAAUUUGUCGCAUAGAUUCGAUAAUUUGGACGAGAGCAAUUGACUGCAGAGAUUUUCUAGUCUUUGAAAAUAUACUAAGCACUGUUUAGAAGUUAUGGUGGAGAUUAACAUUGUGUAAUAUACCUACCAAAGUAUUUUUAUUUUUAAUAAAAAGUUCUACAAGCUGCA